AUGAAUUCUUUCUGGGACAUCGUCGACUGGCUCCUCCCACCCGUGCGUAUCGUCGACGACCUCACCGGCCCCGCCGACUCGCAUAUACACCGCUCCCGCAGCAACAACCACCAUAGCCACCACAGCCCGCAAGUUUCACGGCGCGCGUCUACGAGAGACUUUGACAAGGAGAAAGAGCGCGAGCGCGAACGAAAGCGCGCUCUUCGUGUUGCAGAGCAGGACCGGGAACGGGAGCAGCAGCGCCAACGCAUACACCACCUCGAGCGCGAGAAUGAUCUUCUCCGAGAACAGCUGAAGGCAACUCGCGAGGAGCUCGCAAACAUCACCAGUGCGGUCUUCCCACCCACCCCCGACCGCACGUUGCCACCAUCCCCAUGCACGCCUCUAGACUCUACCCAACCUCUGGCGCUGACGCCAGCGCACCUAGAAGUCCCUUCAAACCCCUCACAGCAGAUGGUCAACUCCGCCGAAGCCGCUCUCUCCGACCCCAAACGACUCCGCGUACUAUACACCGCCCUCCGCGCCACAUACGGCGACGUCCGCCAAACAAUCAUCUCGCAAGCAGAGGAGCUCGCCUCGCUCAAGUCCUUCCUAUCCAAGACGGACGACUGGUCCGGCGCGCAGCUCCUGCAGGCCCUCGCGGACCUGAACUCAGAGAUCAUCCAGCUCUCCGCGUCCAUCGCGGAGGAGUUCUCGCCCGCGCUGCGCCAGCACGACCACGCGCCGUCCGCCGCGAAGGAGCGCGACCGCGAGAUCGUCACGCUCGCGCUCGGGCCGGAGGUCAUCAGGCUGCUCGAGGACCGGCUGCACGCGGGGGACCCGACGCUCGUCCAGUUCGCGCUGCAGGCGUGGGAUGUGUGGUGCGUCUCGCGCGUGCUCGACGCGUUCUUCUACGGGCUCCCGGUGGAGGUCAACGAGGCGUUCAGGCUCAUCUUCGAGCACAUGCAUCGCGAAGAGCCGCAACCGACGACUUCGCGCUGGCGCGCGCUCACGUACAAGUACGCGCAUACCCUCUUUGUCCAACGUCGCUCGUCCUCCGACCCUCCUUCCCCCGACUCUGCGAAUCCCUCCCCUUUCAACUCCGCGCCCCCAUCCCUCGCAUCAUCCUCCGCUCUCCCUCAGCCCCUCAUCAAUCUGACCGAAAGGAACCUGCGCGGAGUGAUCGCCAUCCUCGCCCUCGCAGGGUGCACAGACGCGCGGGGGCUGCACCGCGACCCGCUCCGCACCCGUUUCGGCAGCGCGCUCUCGCGUAUAAGCGCGCGCGCGGAGCGCAUCUCGAACGUAGUCAAGACCGGCGUCAUGAGCGGGCUCUUCGAAGCCGUCUGGGUCCCGCCCUGCCCCUCGCCCCUCCCUGUAAGCACGCGCAGCAGCGUCAUCGAGGGCGGCGCGUCUGCGAACGGCGCGGGCCACCCUGGCAAGGGCAAGGACCGCGAGCGCGAGCGCGAGUGGGUGAAGGAGGUCGAGCGCGAGCGGCGUGCGGAGCGGGCGGACGACGACGCGUUCGAGGCGCCGGCCGCGUCGGGCGGGGCCGCGUUCGAUGCGGAGGCGAUGGAGAACGUAUAUGCGGGGUACGGGAACGAGAAGUGCAGGGUGCUGUGCACGGUCGAGCUUGGGCUCGCGUUCCGCCGGCGUGUUCCGCAGGAGGAGCGCGAGGACGAGAGCGUGGACGGGGACGGCAUGCCUGCGAAGGCUGCGACGGAGCUGGGCGUUGGCAGCCGCGUGCCUUCGCAGAGCUCGACCGACGCGGGGAUGAGGAUGGAUCGGACGCUACUGCUGAAGCCGAAGGUGCUGCUGGAGAGCGUUGUUGAUAUUUUGUAG